GCAAGACAAUUGUUUUAUAAGUUUAAGUGAAAAUAAUGAUCUCUCUAGAUAUUACGUAAAUAUAAAUAUAAAUGCAUAUAUUUAAAAUUUAAAUGUUUCGUUCAAAUUUUUAUCUAGAGACUAUUUAGACUAUAUUAGAUCACGAAAUCGAUUGUCUUACAAAUUUACAAUUUUGUUUAUUUUUUUGUAAAAAUUUUAUUUUCAUUUCUCUUUUGAUUUUCCAUUCAGUAUACAUUUCAAGAUACACGUGCCAGAGAUUAUCAAGCAUCACAUUCACACAAAAACGAUAUUCAUACAUAAAUUGAUGCCUCAUAAAAAGUACGUGCCACAGAAAAAGGAAGUACCAAAGAAGAAAAAACCAUCGUUUCACGAGGAAGAAGAUCAUAAGGAUGCGCAUCAUGAAUGGAAAUAUUGGACUAGUCACUUUCACCAUGAUGAUCACGGUCAUAAUCAUCGUGAUGUUAGUCACAAAGUUAAACAGGAAGAAAUAUUUAAGGAAGAUUAUCAAAAAGAUUUUCAACAAAAUCCAAUUCAAACGGACUCUUAUUUUCCUAAACGAGAAUCUUACGAUGAAAAUAUUUCUACGAGGGAUCACACGAACGGUUUGAUUGGUUAUUCUUAUCCACCACAAUAUUUACAGAAUUUGGAAGUUCGGGAGAUCCCUGAUAAUCAUGAAGAAAAACCAACGCACGGUUAUGAGGAAGGAUAUCGAAAAGGUUUACGAUCGGAAAGCGGAGCUAUUUAUGCUAACGAAUUAAAUAAAUUUCAUUUUGAUACUGAAUUGGAGGAGGAAAACGAACGAGAGAAAUCAAAGGUUGAGGAUGUGGAGGAGGAUAAAGAAAUUGUCAAAACAAAUGCAGGACGUUACUUCGUCACCGAGGAAAACGUGGAACACGAUCAUUCUAACGAAGGAAGCGAGCUAAAAUAAAAUAUUUUUAACAAAAUACUUUUCAAGAAUUAAUUAUAAAGGAGAUAUUUUGUUAGAAAUUAACAACGAGAGAAUCUUGAGACUUAAAACACAUUAUUGUUUUUAUAUAUCUCUAUGUAUAAUAUGUAUGUAUGACAAGAACACAAUGGGAUAUGUGUUCCUGUGUGUCCGCCAUGUAAAAUAUUCAUUUUUAAGAAAAAUCAUUUUUUUCGUAAUAACAAAAUUCUCUUUUCUUACGAUCCUUCUUGUUUUUCAUUCAAUUAUAAAUUCAUUGAAUGUUUCAAUAGGUACAAAACAAAAAGGUAUACAAUU